AUGGAAUACAAUAGCUUCAGAAAUGACAACUGGAAAAAAUGGAGUGAAGAGUUUGGUAAUUUCAGUUACAACACAGCCAUGCCAGAAUUUCCAUCAGAAACUGCCCCAUGCUGGCCAGAAUCAUUUGAAAUCAACAAGCACAUUGUGAUCACCAUCUACACCCUGGUGUUUCUGUUGAGCCUGCUGGGAAAUUCCCUGGUGAUGCUGGUCAUCUUAUACAACCGGGUCAGCAGCUCUGUCACAGAUAUCUACCUGCUGAACCUGGCCAUGGCUGACCUGCUCUUUGCCCUGACUCUACCCAUCUGGGCAGCUUCCAAGAAAAAUGGCUGGACACUUGGCACACCCCUAUGCAAGGUGGUCUCGCUCCUGAAAGAAGUCAACUUCUACAGUGGUAUCCUACUGCUGGCCUCCAUCAGCGUGGAUCGCUACCUGGCCAUCGUCCAUGCCACACGCACUCUGAUCCAGAAGCGCCACUUGGUCAAGUUCAUAUGUAUGGGCAUCUGGGGAUUGUCUCUGUUUCUGUCCAUGCCAUUUUUCCUGUUCCGGAAGGCUUAUAAUCCACCCGAAUCCAGCCCAGUCUGCUAUGAGGACUUUGGUAACAAUACAACAAAAUGGAGAAUGGUGCUCCGGAUCCUGCCCCAGACCUUUGGCUUCAUCAUACCACUGCUGGUCAUGCUGUUCUGCUAUGGAUUCACCCUGCGCACACUGUUUGAGGCCCACAUGGGGCAGAAGCACAGGGCUAUGCGAGUCAUCUUUGCUGUUGUGUUAAUCUUCCUGCUCUGCUGGCUGCCCUACAAUCUGGUUCUGCUCACAGACACCCUUAUGAGGACUGGGCUGAUCAAGGAAACUUGUGAUCGCCGCAAGGACAUUGACCAGGCCCUGGAUGCCACCGAGAUUCUGGGCUUCCUCCAUAGUUGCCUCAACCCCCUCAUCUAUGCCUUCAUUGGCCAGAAGUUUCGACAUGGACUCCUCAGGAUCAUGGCUACCCAUGGACUGAUUAGCAAGGACUUCUUGGCCAAGGAUGGCAGACCUUCAUUUAUCGGUUCAUCUUCAGGGAACACUUCUACUACCCUCUAA